AUGACGGCAUCUGCAAUCAGGGAAGCCUCGUGCAGCCGCGGCUGGCUCAGAUGGGUCGUUCAGAUUUUUUUUGGAAUGAUAAUAGUGACGAGUUUCAUUCUGAUUUUAUUAAUGGCCAUAACGAAUUCGAGAAAAUUAGUUCCGAAACCCGUUUCCCGAUGUCAAGUCCGUGAGUGCCGGGUUAUUUGCAAAUUGGCACCAUACUUCGAUGAUUACGAAAGUCAUAUUGUGGAUGCUGUUUGGCAAGCAGAUGAGAAUUGUGAGAGCAUAAUAUUAAUUUUGCAGCAACCGUUCUUCACAAACAAUACACUACCACAGAAUUGGCUCUCGGGAGCGCGUACGAAUGUUAAUAAAUUGGCUAUAGUCGGUGGCAAUCUCAAGCACAUAUCACCGUGCGCUUUUAUCAGUCAGUUCUCAAAUAACAUACAAAUGCUUAUUCUAGAGAAUAUACAGUUAACCACAUGGGGACCAGAAACCUUUGUGGGACUGUCAAGUCUCAAACAACUAUAUAUCAAAGACUGUAUGCUUAUAAAUAUAACAAGAAACGCUUUACAAGCUGUCGACGACACUUUAGAAUUCUUGGAUAUAAAAGCAAGCUUUAUGUGGGAUCCCGCCUAUAUUACUGGCUCAACGAAUCUGGCUCGGCUAAAUGUCGUCGACUUUGCGAAAAAUCCGUUUUAUAGUAUACUAGACAAAUCAAGCUUCACAAAGUUGCGGAUGUGCACAACGCUGUUUUUGAAUUCGUGUCAAAUAACCUCAAUUGGAAAAGGCACUUUUGACUAUUUGGAGAAUAUUAAGGUAUUAUAUUUGAAUGAUAACCAUUUGUUGACUGUUCCGAGUGGGUUUUUUGAUAAAAUUUUACCUCUUAAGCCGCGUAUUGCUAUACAUGCUAAUCGUUGGAAUUGUGACUGUUCUGAUUCAAUGUUUAAGAGUUUAUUGACAAGUGACGUACUGAUGGUUGAUCCGAAGUGUCAUUACCCUGACAGCGUGAACGGUUUAACAUUUUCUGAAUUUAAUUAUUAUUGCGAGAAUAAAUCAAUCGAAGGAAACAAAACUAGGGUUGAUUAUGACAAGGAAGAUGAUUUAAUAGAAAACAAAACUUACAUCAUUAAUCCAAAUAACGGCGAUUGUCAUUUAAGUUUACAACGAAUUGAGAGAAUACGAAAUUUUUGGUUGUCAAUAUUGAAUAAUGCAACAAUUAUCCAUAACAAUGACUGGUUAAGUCCAACAUAUUGUGUACGCAGUAACUACUAUUCUAUGGUAGAAUUGUCAUCAAGCAGCAAUCCAGAUCAAGGUCUACUCUGGUAUAAAUCUUCAUGUCCUAGUGAAUUUUACUGUUUAAAUAUAAUGCCUAGUUCUUUAAGGAUCUUUGAUUCCAAAUCAAACGUUCGAUAUGCAUUUUGUCCAUUUGACACAAAAUCUGGAGAAAUAACUGUGAAUCAAUGCGUCACGUACGCUUUAGCCGAUAUUGAUACCCAUAUUUAUUUGUAUAAAUACCAUGGGACUCUUCGCUUCAUACUUAUAUCAAUUAUGUGUGCCAUGUGUGGUGCAAUUUGUAUCUACGCUUUAAUCUAUUGCAAUCCACAUUUAUUGAGAGGCAACAAAAGAAUUUUGUUUGUAAAACACAAAGAAAUAAAUGCCCUUAUUCUGCCUCCAGAUGUGCCUUUACGUAAAAACACCUUAACAGAUUGCAGUUUGACCGAUGGACAAAUAAAUAAUAUAUUUUUAGUUUCAAAUCAGAAAGAAAGUAUUUCUUCAUUGGAUAGGUCGUUUUCAUUUAAAAGUUCGAAAAGUACGAAUAGCAACGAUGUUAGUUAUAUAUCAGCUUUACAACCGACAGACGAACAAUUGGCUCAAUGGAGGAUUAAAGAAAACAAUAGAAAUGUUCAAUAUGAUUCCAUAAGAUCGGAUAAACUCUCUAGUGUUUUUGAUACUGAUUCACUUACAUACUACUCACUGAAAGAAAUUUACGAUACACCACUCGAAAUGAGCAAGAAGUAA